GGCAGGGUAAUGGUGUACCAGAGACCUGAUCUGCUCUGAUCAUGGGUGCAAACGCUGCUUUCUUGUAGGCCUGGCCUCCCAUUAGUUCAGGCAAGGAGUGUGAAUAUUUGUUUCAGCCAGUCAUGGCAUCGCUCAGUCACACAUGCACAGAACAAAUCUGAUGUGUUGGUACAAAAUGGGAACCUACACUUCGUUAAAGGAAAGAAAACAUGCAUGCACUGGAAUGACGAGUAUGUUAGUCGAAAACAAAUUUUGCGUUGGCUCCACAGAAAACGGUGGCAAAGCUCUCAACAGCGCAAUCAAAGAAAAGAAACUUGUGUCCUGUUUUAAACUAAAGUUAAUUUGUAACUCACAAUUGUUGACACGUCUCAUGCUCCUCUUCUUAAAUGACCUCCUCUAAUGACUGCGUAAACAGGAGCACAUCUCAGUCUGAUAUCUGAUAUCUGUAAACAGGGCCCGAAGCUUCCAUUUGAGCAGCAGGUGGUUUGAAAGUCUCAUUGUGCUCCCGCUGUGUGACGCUUGCAGAAAUAGCUCCCCUCUUAUAGAAAGGUCUGCUGCAUGCUGUGCUUCAGUUAAGUGAGAGAGGACGCCUCACCGCAGGUUUUCUGGACUCGGAGCCUCUGAGGGAGGCUGAUGAAGAGUUUGUGUCAGAGGUCAAUCUGACCAACUCUAUGAUGACCGAAGAGGAGAGGGAAGAGAUUCAACAAGAGCUGGCUAAACUGGAAGAGGAGAUCAAUACGUUGCGGCAGGUUUUGUCGUCCAAAGAGAAGCAGCAUGCCGAGCUCAAACAGAAGCUGGGCGUCGGGCCGCUCAGCGAGCUCAGAACCAACUUCAGCCGAGGCUGGCAGGACAUGCAGAGCUCCACCGCAUAUAAGAAGACGUCGGAGACGCUGUCCACAGCCGGCCAGAGAACCUCGGCAGCCUUCAGCACCCUCGGCAGCGCCAUCACCAGGAAGUUUGGAGACAUGAGAUCCAACUCGAUAGGUUACUCUAUCAGACACUCCAUGAGUAUGCCCACCAUGAGAAACUCUCCCAGCUUCAAGUCUUUUGAAGAGAAAGUCGAGAAUACAGUAACUACCAUCAAGACCAAGGUUGGUGGCACGGGGCCCGGAGGCAGCUUUGAAGACGUCCUCUCGUCUGCGGCCAACGCCAGCUCUCAGGACACGCCCACCGGCAACCUGCCGGACGGCUCCGAGAGGGCGUCCUAGAACCGUGAAACGGGACUUGAAACCAGGAACACAGCCUGCAGCUGCAGCACAGCACUGACCUGCUCACACACCUGACCCACGCUGUUUCACAACAUUUGGAUCGGAUCAGGCAGAUACUAGAAGACCCUUCAGGGCACCAGAGAAACGAAGGCCGUCCGUCCUCCAGCGGGUUCUCAUUCAUGUUACACCACAGAUGUCGAUCAGAUGAGGUUGAGUCGGAGCAGCCAGCAGUCGAACCUUAAACAACCCUUAAUAAAAGACAUAGAAAGGAUUCUCAGCAGGCAGAGCAUAAAAACUGCUGUAUUUCUGCUCUUUAUGCUCCGUCUCAAGCUGAGCUUCCAAUUUCACUCCCUUAAAAUCACAGCUGGGAUUCUUCAAACUCCCAUAAGUUAUUCAGAUCUUGCUGCACAGAUGUAAACAGCCUUAUUGGACUUGGCAUAAGAUUAUAUGGAGAGGAUCAGCAGUGGUUUCCUUUCACAACAUUUUGUUUGACAUAAUACGUCUGUUGUUACAUUUAUCACUAAUAAUGUAAAUAAAUUUGUGAUCGCGCUUAUUUGUAACUUUAUACAAAUGAAUUCGGCAACGAAUGCAGAAAAUUAAAGUAGUUGUGAAACAGUUUGAAUGCCUCGUCAUGCCAACAGUCCCAGUAUUCAGUUCUCACUGGGGUAGCAAGUCUUGAUUUCAGUCCAUAAAACACUUUCGUUUCUGAAUUUUCAUGUGUCGUGACUUUGCUGUGGUUUGAGAAGACAUCACUGUCCGUUAAAGAUGAAACCCUCCCUCACUGAGGGAAAGGAAAAAUGAAAAAGUUCUGUCAUUGGAAAGUGUUUUACAAAAUAUAUUUUAAUAAAAGCAACAGAUCAAUGAUUGUUUUUAACAAACUCAAUAAAAUGCUAUAAACUGAG